CAUUCUACAUCUCAUGAACGCUUUGAAUGAGGGGCAUGAAAUUCACAGGGGGCAUUUAGAUGGUUGGUCUUAGAUGGUCUUGACUAGUUGAACAGGAUGGAUGAUAGUUGAUAGACUAUGAUAGAGAGAUGGUCUUAGCUGUUAUGAUAGUGGUCGAUGGUUUUAGCUGGCCAGCUGAGCAGCCAAGACCAGCUAAAACCAGCUUGACCAGCAAGCUGGUCUAAGCUGGUUUAGAUGCUCCAAAACUUUGCUGGUAUGUCCAGAUGGUUUUAGCUGGUAAACCUGGCUGGUAGAUGGUUUAAGAUUGUCUUAGAUGGUUUUAGAUGGCCAGAUGACCAGCCAAGACCAGCUAAGAUGCUUAGAUGCUCCAAAACUUCGUCAAACUGCCUUUUAUUUUAUUUUAUUUUAUUUCUUUAAUGAGGUUCAAAUACCUUAAAUCAGUGUGUAUAAUUUCAAGUGGCUAGCUCAAAAGAUGUCCUGAAAAAUGGGGAAAACCCAAUAAGUAAUUUAAACUAAAGGGGUGCUUUUUGACGAGCUAGACCAAAAUUUGACCAAAUUUUGUGUGUUAUGGAUACUGCUGCAUUGCUAUUGCUACAGUCAACAUUGAAUGACCACAGUGUCAAAUUUUGGGAGUCUUGGUCAAAAGAAGGUUGCAUGAGACCAAAAAAGCAGUCCUUAAAGAGAGCAGGGGAGAAGAGCUGAAAGCCUUAACGAGACUGACCUUUGCUCUACAUUCUACAUCUCAUGAACACUUUGAAUGAGGGGCAUGAAAUUCACAGGGGGCAUUAGGGGAUGUUCAUGUACUACUGUGGUGAAUUUCAAGUCCAUGGGUCAAAAAGAGGCUCCGCUGGGCCUGAGAAGACUUAUGGACCUGGCAUUUCUGACUCCAGUCUCAGACACUGAAGUGGACAGCUGACUUCUGAGUGUGCCACACUAACAUUAUGGGCAAUGCAGUAAUUAGGCAUUUAAAAAUUAUAUUAACAACUUAUUCUUACCCAAAUCUAACCUCAAAAUAUGCAGAAUGAAUUAAAAAUCAGGCAACGAAAAUAAAGCUUGGUUUCAGUGGAACUCUUUCGCCUGAUUGGAGUUUAAAUCCCCCCCAUCACUACGAGCCGGGAGGGGCGGAGUCUCAAGUCACCUGCGCCAGACCUCAAUCAAGCUCAAGGCUCUGCACGCUGCACAUGGAGCAACUUCUAAGGGCAACUUUAAAAGCUCAUUAUGAUGGAGAGACCGUUGAGGAGGAGAAGGGUCAAUCCCCAACAUGAUGCUGAAAAACACAUUAAACUUCAGGCUGACAAGGCAGGCAUCAUUGAGCAGUUCAUCAACCCAUACAAAGGUCGUGGGGUGUUUGCCACAGAGAUCUUCUAUAAAGGAGAUUUUGUGCUGGAAUAUCGGGGAAAACUACUUCAACAAGAACCUUGCCUUCAUACAAAGAAGGACAGUGAUGUGGAGGAAGUGUUCUUGUUUGAUUUCCAGUGGAAAGGGAACUGCUGGUGUCUUGAUGCAUCUGUUGAAGACAAGUCAUUAGGGAGACUAGCAAACGAUGACCAUAAAAAUCCUAACUGCAAAAUGAAGACUAUCGAAGUUGGAGGAAUUCCACAUCUUUGCCUCUUUGCAAUAAGAGACAUUGUAACUGGAGAAGAAAUAACUUACAAUUAUGGGGAUGCAGCCUGGCCCUGGCGCAAGAAGAAAUCCCAUCCUGAAGUCCAUCAGGAGUCUGAUGAUGAUACCACCAGAUCUCAGAAAUCCCAUCCUGAAGUCCAUCAGGAGUCUGAUGAUGAUACCACCAGAUCUCAGAAAUCCCAUCCUGAAGUCCAUCAGGAGUCUGAUGAUGAUACCACCAGAUCUCAGAAAUCCCAUCCUGAAGUCCAUCAGGAGUCUGAUGAUGAUACCACCAGAUCUCAGAAAUCCCAUCCUGAAGUCCAUGCAACUUCUUAAAAUUGAUAGUACAACUCUGCAUAUGCUGGAUACCCUUGGAGAAGAUUUGUGCUCACAGGAUAAUUCUGUAAUGUUCAAAACCAGUCAGCUUUCAGUAAAAUCCUACACUUUUUUUUUUUUUUUUUUUUUGUAACAGUAUUUUCAGUGUCGAUCAACAAAUACUGGCAACUGAAAUUGAUUCCAGAAGUCAUCCAGUGGAAGACUUGCUGACAGUAUUGUACUUUUGUGAUGUUUUAUAUGAAAUCAUAUUUAGCAGUUUGUGAUGAUUACUUCACCAUCAGCUGUGGUCUAGAAGAUGUUGAAGCACUUUUAUGCUGAAAAUUUUUGGCAUUCCCAGACAUCAGUUGAAGGUGGGCAUCUAACAUGUUACAAUGUGCAUUUACGUUUGACAUGACCUACUUUUCUUUUUUAUAUCAGAGACACUAAGCAACCAUUUCUCAGUCCUGAUCCUCAGACUAAAAAUCUGGUAUUCUUUUCAAAAGGGUCCUAAUUUGAAUGGCAUCUCAAAUCUUAUCCAUUUUGUCUGUCUAGAUACUUCUUGUGCAUGUUAUAUACCAACCAGCAAAAACUGUCCAGAACAUUAAAAUCCAUAUCAGAUCAAAUUAUGGCUGUCAGUUUAGUGCAUUAAUUAGAUUAAUUACACUGCAAAUUAAUGUGCUAAAAAAAUUAGUGCAAUUAAUUGUGAGAGCCAAUUCAAUGCCCAAGUAUUUUAAAUUUGGCCCAAUGAAUGGGUCUUGAUCUCAAAUCUUUGUGUAUUCAAUUGAUUAGUCAUGCACUUCUGUAAUGUUGUAGACUUCAAAUUCUUUUUUUGGGUGCCUUUAGCACAGUGAUUCCCCCCACCUUGACGCUCAUCCUGCAAGGUUUCCUCAUUUCUCCGCUCCAACACACCUGAUUCACAUCAAUGAGUCACUGUACAGAACUUCAUAGGCUGUUGGAUCCAAGUGAUGAGAGUCAAGUGUGUUGGAGCAGGGUUGUAUGAAAAACCUAAAGGACUGCGGCCCUGGAGGACCAGUGUUCUCUACAACUGCUUUAGCAGAUAUGACAUUAAAAUGCUCACAAUUACAAAAGCUGUAAGUAUUUUUUUAAUCACCUGACAGCCGUAGAUCAAAUAUAUUUAUUCCUUACAGUAUUUCCAUCAACACAACUACAAUAGAUACAGAUAUUAAGAGUCUUGUCCCCAAAGGUAGACAAGGUACUCAAAGGUGACUUAAAUAAGUUUGUGUAUCUGUGUGUGGCCGAAGACCCCAAAAGUGACAUAUAAAUUCCAGUCCCCAUUUUCAAGGCAAAAAGUUUCUGUGAUAAACUUGAGUGUAAAUGAAAUUCCAGGUGAUUUUUGUAACCUGGGGACCCCGGGUCAUAUAUUCCAUACUUUUUUAUUUGUCUAAACCACUCAGAAACUGAUGUCCCCAAAUGGAAGGCAUUAAAACAUGCGUCCCCAAUUUGAGCAUAAGUGAGUAUGUGUG